CAUCAUUACACGACCGUCGCAGCCAAACUGUUUUACCCGGUUUUAAAGGGCAUAGUAUUCAAGAGGCAUCUCCUUACGAACAUUAUCUGGAGAAGUCUGGCUUGUAGGAGACAGUCAUCACCAUGGCCGAUGUCUCUAACUCAUUGAAACGGCCUCAUCCCGACGAUGAUCUCUACAACGCCCAAAAGAAGCCUCGCUCCAACCAUGGCUCUCCUGCUCCCACCACGAAUGGCGCACCGGGUGCAAAGCCGGAUAUCAACAAGAUUAUGGCGGAAGCCCGUGCGAAAGCCGCAGCAGUUGCCGCCCGUCUCCAGAGCACUCGAUCAGGUUCGUCGAGUGCGUCACCCUCGCCUCUUCCAGGCCCUUCACAUUCUCCUUCACCCGCACCGCCGGCGAGUAAAGCAGCAGGCGGUAUGUCGAAAAUCGAACAACUGAAAGCAAGGGUUGCUGCUGCAACAAACCGAUCAAAUGCGGCGCUGCAACAGCGCACAGCUUCUCCUAUACCUGCAUUUCAGCAGUCACAGCUUGACGAGGGACCCUCUCGGGCACGAGGAGGUCUGGAUGUUGGAUUGCAUCCGGCUUUACUCGGUGAUGUUGGACAGGAUAAUCGGGCCGUAAGGGCAAAAUCGGCCAUGCUCCCAAAAUUCGCGACAACAAUGGCCAACAAACGAACUGAAUCUGCUAUUCCGCAGAUGGAGACGGCUAAGAACAAAAUCCAACUCGAUCUUUCCGGCCCAUCUCUCGAGGAGACAAAGAACAACCCUUACUACGAUACAAGCCUUAGUAUUCAGCCUAUGGCCAGGCAGUCACGGCAAUUGAUCUUCAAUCAAAAGGGAAAAUAUAUUCAACAAGCCAAUGCUCUCCGUCGGCAGGCCGCGUUGGAGCAGAUGAAGAAAAGAAUUGCAGAAUCAUCUCGCAGAGCUGGCAUAGAUGAGGACUUGGAUACAGACAAAGCCUUUCUAGUACCUGCGCCUCCAGAUAUUGAGUGGUGGGAUGAAGCACUGGUCAAUGAAAAGUCGUAUGAUGGUAUAGAAGAUCCCUCAACCCUCAAGCUCGACUCAGAGGACUCGAUUGUCACAAUUUAUGUCCAGCAUCCAGUUCUUCUCGAGCCGCCACAAGACAAGAAGAUGCCCCCUCCCAAGCCCAUGUAUCUUACACCAAAAGAGCAGGCGAAGCUCAGACGUCAACGUCGCGCUGCGGAUCUGAAAGAACAGCAAGCGAAAAUCCGGCUCGGUCUCGAACCUCCACCUCCACCAAAGGUCAAGAAGAGUAAUCUUAUGCGUGUUCUUGGAGAAGAAGCUGUUAAAGACCCCACUGCUGUCGAGGCUCGUGUCAAUCGUGAGAUCGCAGAGCGGGCGGAGAAACACGGGCAGACAAACGAAGAGCGGAAGCUCACAAAGGAGCAGCGGCUGGAGAAGCUCGCAGCGAAUCAGGAAAAUGAUUCUGCAAAGGGAAUUUUUUGCACCGUCUACAAGAUUGAUAACCUCUCGAAUGGUCGCCACCGCUUCAAAAUCUCAAAAAACGCUGAGCAGAGUGCCCUUACUGGCGUUUGCAUCUUGCACCCGAAAUUGAGCCUUGUCGUUGUUGAAGGCGGGCAACAUAGUAUCAAUUUCUACAAGAAACUCAUGCUCAAUCGAAUUGACUGGACCGAAAAUUCAGCUCCAUAUAGCGUUAAAGAAGGCAACAGAGAAGCCCUGGCAAACUGGCUGGAACCAGAAGAUGAGAGCGGAGCGCUCAAAGACUUGACGCUAAACAAAUGCACAUUGAUUUGGGAGGGUGAGUUGAAGGCUCGGGCGUUCAGAAAAUGGGGAAGUAGAGUGUGCGAGACAGAUGCCGAGGCCAGAGAAGUAUUAAGCCGGGCUAAGAUGGAUAAUUUCUGGACUCAGGCAAAGAGCAUGAAAUAAGCGCCAUCUUGGUCAAAAGACGACGAAAUGGCCUAUUGAGCUCAGAAAUGAAUGUACCGCCAGUGGCAUCUGCAUCUUUUUUUUCGGGCGUCUAGAGCAGAAAGGAUAUUAUCUGCCGAUUGCAUUUAAUUUUUUAGUGAAGAUUAAGUACUUAUGAAAAUAGGACAAUCAAAACUUGCUGCAAAGUAUAAGACCGUGAAAUCCAAAUAGCUGCCAUAGCACUCAGAGAGUCCUUG